CCAGGCUUCCCACGGAAAGAGCCGCUGUCCAAAGUAAGCUUAUAUCAUUUCCAACAACAUCCCUUGCACUCUUCAAAUAUUUAAUCGCUGGUCUUACUUUCUCUCAAACUGCCGUUGGCGAAAAGGAUGAGAACCAUGACGAAUAACACAAUGGCAGAUUCAGGCUAUUGCAAUGGCAGCCCCAGACGACCCAACGACGACGAUAGUGGAUGAAGACACCAAAGGAGGCCACCACAAUCGAAGAUCAUCGCAUUCCGAGCAUGAGGUCACAGACCACGAGAAAGUGCUCUUAGCAGCCUACGAAGGUCAUGACGCAGACAUUCCAUCGAACGAAGGCUACAUCCUCGACGAACAAGGGGAAUUCAAACGCAAACAAUCGAUCGCAGCUUCACACCGUCGAGCCUCCCUAGGCCAUAAUAAGAGGGACGUCGAGAAGACGAAAGCACAGGUCUCCGCCGAGGACUCAGACGAAGCGAAUAUUGUCUGGUGGGAUGGAGACGACGAUCCUCAAAAUCCUCUAAACUUCAGCAAAUGGCUGAAAGUCCUGAACAUCACAAUCGUAUCUGCAAUAUGCUUCGUCACUCCUCUCGGCUCUUCGAUGUUCGCACCAGGUGUCCCACAAUUGAUGACCGAAUUCAGGAGCGAUAAUAUCGAGCUGGCUAGUUUCGUAGUGUCCGUAUACGUUCUGGGAUUUGCGGUGGGGCCACUGUUCUUUGCGCCUUUGAGCGAGUUAUAUGGGAGAAUGCCAGUAUAUCACUUGUGUAAUUUGGGCUUCUUGUCUUUCACGAUUGCAUGUGCCCUGGCUACGAAUCUGAAUAUGCUCAUUGGGUUUAGAUUCCUAGCGGGAGUGUUUGGUAGUGCUCCUUUGACUAAUGGUGGUGGAACUAUUGCAGAUCUUGUCACUCAAGAAAAAAGAGGUAAAGCAAUGUCGGGUUUUGUCAUGGGUCCAAUUAUUGGUCCAAUCAUUGGUCCGGUUGCGGGUGGCUACCUUAGUCAAGCUAAGGGAUGGCGAUGGACAUUCUGGGUGUUGGCAAUGCUCUCAGGGACUUUUGGACUUCUUGGGCUAGCCUUCAUGCGAGAAACAUAUGCUUAUGCGAUCCUGGAUAGAAAGACUAAACGCCUUCGAAAAGAAACUGGUAACAUGGAACUACGCUCAAAACUCGAUUCAGGUCUUUCUGCCAAAGACUACUUCCUACACUCCAUUGUUCGACCGACCAAGAUGCUCUUUUACUCGCCUAUUGUUCUUGGUACUGCUGUUUUUGUCGGGGUGGUUUACGGCUAUCUUUAUCUUUUAUUCACUACUUUCACUCCGGUAUUCGAGGAAACCUAUCACUUUUCGUCUGGUACAGUUGGUCUGACGUUCCUGGGUCUGGGAAUAGGAUCUCUAGCGGGCGUUGGAUUCUUCGCCUGGGCUACUGACCACGUCUUAAAAAUGAGAAGAGCUGCAGAGGAGGCGACAGCUUCUGGUGAGGCUUCUGAAGGUCAUGCUGGUGCGCUUCUACCAGAAUUUCGAUUAAAAUUGCUCUUGCCAGCUUAUUGUUUGAUUCCCUGUGGGCUUUUCAUCUACGGCUGGACUGCGAAGUAUCACGUACACUGGAUCGUCCCCAUUCUUGCAACUGUCCUCAUCGGCAUUGGAAACAUGGCUGUCUUUAUGUGCAUCUCGCUUUACCUCAUUGACGCCUUCUCGAUAUAUGCAGCAAGCGCUCUAGCAGCGAAUACGGUCAUCAGAAGUAUCAUGGGCGCGGUACUUCCCCUCGCCGGCCAGCAAAUGUAUAAAACUCUGGGUCUCGGCUGGGGAAAUAGCCUGCUAGCCUUUGUUGCUCUGGGUAUCCUCCCGGUUCCGUGGGCGUUCUUGCGGUGGGGCGAGAGGUUGAGAACGAGGUUUGAGAUUAAGAAUUUGUGAGUUUGGCAUCAAUGGUGGAUUUAUGUUGGCAAGGGCGUGUAUAUAUUCUUCUUCGUGUAUGCAUUGGAGUAGGUAUGUACAUAACUCUAAUUAUUGAAGUACUAGGUUUGGAUAACCAGUCAUUCUUCAUGUACAGAACAUCAUAUUAUGAAUCCACCAAGAUUCCCAAA